GGACAGGAGAAAAUAUAACAACAUUUGUCUACAUGAAAGAUGGCGGCAUCAGGAACAUAUUUUGUAGCAUAUACAUUCGUGUUUUACCUCGGGCUAGCACAUCUGCAUGCAGAAAAGAAUUAUGUAAAACCAGGAGUAGAUAUUGGAAUGAAGUGCAAUAAAGAUUACGAGUGUCGGGCUGGAAAUGGUGGACCAUAUUCUAAAUGUCACAGACCGACGUCUACUUGUAUAUGUACAGUAAAUAUCUUUGGUAUAAACAAGUGUGAGCAAUUUGAAGACACGUCCUGCCAUUCAAUGUACAAGUAUAGCAACAUGUCAUCGCUUGAAUGUUCUCUUGAGGCUGGAUAUGAGAUCGCGGAAAACGAUCUUUCGCUAGUUGCUUUUAUUAAAAGUGUGUUUAUUACAAGUACGAAUAAAAAUGUGUUUGGUGAGGAUGAUGGUUUUUAUAUUGAAACGUUGUUGCAGACAUGGUCUUGCUAUGAUCCGAAGAGAGCAUUCAACACCAGACCUGAUGGAAUACAGAUUAAAAUUUCAACAGUUCAUGGUUCAGGAGCUUUUACAAAUAUAUUUAUCAAGAGAGGAACCGUAUUUGGUCCGUGUAAAGGUUUCUUAGCAAAAGGAGAUAAGAAGAUAGCCUCACAUUGGUCCUGGCAUAUCAAGGAGGAGGACUCCGUAGACUACUGGUUUGAUGGAAGACAUAUUUACCUGUCUAAUUGGUUACGAUUCGUUAACAUGGCACCGGAUGUGAAUUCAUUAAACAUGGUGCACUUCCUUCACGAAGGGCUAUAUUACUAUUACGUUUUUAGAUCAGUAAAUCCCGGCUCAGAGCUGUUAUCGUUUUAUAGCAGAAACAGUACGGCAACAUUUGCAAAAGAAGAAUACGACGGCCCCUAUUUUCUGUAUGAUGGCGCAGGUUGGUGUUAA